GCUUAAGGUAAACCGCCAGGAACCUUAAAUUUCUCCAACUUUCGCUCGAUCGAUCACCGCCUAUCUAAUGUCCACCGACGCCACCCCUGCGACCGCCUCUAGCAGCACCAAGGCCGAGACUGCCGUAUCCUACGCUGCACUUAUCCUUGCUGACGACGGCGUCGAAAUCACACCUGAGAAACUCCAGACCUUGCUCAAAGCCGCCAACAUUGAGGACGUCGAACCUAUCUGGACCACGCUCUUCGCCAAAGCACUCCAAGGUAAGGAAGUCAAGGACAUCCUUACCGCCGUCUCGACUUCCGCGCCGGAGGUCGGAAUCCAACCCGUUCUCGCGGAUGAAAAGAACCAUGACGAGCCCAAUGAGGGCGCAGAAAUCAUCGACGGAGGAGACGGCAAUGAGAGCGACGCGGACGUCGGAAUGUUUGAUCUUUUCGGCUGAACAGCAAGUACGGAUUGAACGAGCAGGAUGCGGGGAAAACUCGAUCUCUGAGGUGGGAGUUUUGAGAUCUUACGCUAGCUUCACAAUGCAAGAGGCUCUUUCUUCCAAACGUUCCUGCAUUUGUGAUGUCUUGUGGUUGCUGCUUCGAAAA